UUUCACACCCUCUAUUGUCAGUGAGAAAAGCCCUCAGGGGUUAUUUACAGGCUUCCAAACACAAGCUUUUGUUGCCUCUAGAUACCAAGACAAAAAUUCUCCAUGCUGACUAGUUCCAGACAGCUCACAGUCGACUCACUUUUUUACAGACAUAAAUCUGUUUGGUUUGUUUGAAAAGACACGUAUUUUUCCUUUUAAUCUCAGAAACCUUGAAAAUAUGGGCACGGUGCCUACUUUCUACACUGCUGCUGUUGCUGCCGGCUUCAUGGACUGAGUGCAUAACUGUGGAGAGACAGAAUCUAUAAAAAAACACUGCUGGAUCUGUACCAAUAAGGGACUGGAAAGCUGAGGACUAAAGGCCUGUUACAAACACCAUUAGCUGGGGCAAAAGCAGAAGGAAAGGCAGCAAUGUUCAUAACUGUGAAAUUUGGAGCUGAUCAGCAGAUUAUACUCAAUCCAAACUCCAAAGUGGUGAACCUGGUAGAGAGUCUGAGGGAGAAGUGUCAGUGUGGGCCUGAGGUUUCCCUAGAUCUCCUGGAUGAAUCUGGAAACUUAGUAAAUCUUAGUGACUUGGAAGGAUCCCAGGAUAUUGCUUCCAAUUACAUGAGGGAACGGCAGUGCUAUGUGCUAGUUAAAAUUAUUCGUGGAGAUGGAUCAGAACCAGUCCGUUAUGAGUCCAUGUUAGAGAAUUUGUGGAAACGCCAUCCAGAGCUAGCAGAACGCCUUCAGAAACUAUCCCGUCCUAACAUGCGCGGCCGCAAUACUGUUAUCAAAAAGUCUCGUCCCCCCAAGGAAACAAUCCCAUCUACAUCCACCAAAAGUCGAGCAGUAUCUCAACAAAAGAGUCGAUUAUCCUGAAGGAUCACACUCCUUUUUAUAGGGUGACCAUUAAAUCCAAAAGUCCACUCUCUGCUUCAUAUGGAUCAGUGAUACCUCCACAGUUUAGAGUGCUCAAGAAUAGCAGCGAUGGAGACACUACAGAUUGCAAACUAAGCAUCCUAAAUGGAACUGUGCCCAGCCCUGUUAGAUGCUAUUUUAACGUUGUAUACAGAAUUAAUUAAACACAGUUAUUUGUAACCUGUCAAA